GGCGCGGGCGCGGGGUCCGCGUGCGGGGGCGGCGCGGUGGGGUUGCUGGCGCUGCGGCUGACGCGCAGCCACCGCACGGCGCUGCUGGUGCUGGGCUUGGUGCUGGGCGCCGCCGCCAUUGCCGCGCUCGUCGCCACCGUCGCCUACAACGCCACGCAUAUCGGAAGUCGAUUAAACUGGAUCCAGAAAUACCUCAAGGAGCACAAGAACCUCUCCGAGGCGAAUUUGGAGACUCUGGAAAUCCACCCAGUGCUGCCACCCCUGCAACCCGAGCCCACCCGCAACGAACGCGGGGCCACGUCGCCUACCUCGCUGGGGGCCAGCGUCGCCACCGCACUCCCCGCCUCCCACUCGAAGGGCCACAAACGCCGCAAGGGUUUGUUGCUCCUGGAGGACGUCCUUGCCUCCACGUCGGCCCCCGCGACCCCCCGGAGGCGUGGCGGCUCCCCGCCCUCGCCGCCGGGCAUCCUCGACGUCCUCUCCGCGCACAGCCGCCCGCCGUCUCUGCUCAAGACCAUGCUCAACUCGCUCAACGAAGACGACGGGGUCGGCAACACCUCGGGGGAAGACCCGUCGUCCUACAGCUCCUCGCCCCUUCUUCCCUCGACGUCCUCGGAGCCGCGGCUGCCGUCCGGCGCGCCGCCACCCCUGCUCGACCCGCUCAACCAAGUGGACGAGCAGGAGCCCGCUCCUCAGCCUCCGCCUCCGCCGCCCGCUCGACCUCCGCCCGCGCAGUGGCACGCGCGAACCCGCCGACGCGCGGACGCCACGCGGCUGGCCGCUCCAAACGCGCUCGACGUCCACGUGAUGGAAGGCGGCGGCGCGCCAAGAGGGGGUGAGGCCGCCUGCGCCGAGCACGAGGCGCUCAACCGGCUGCUGGGGUGCCUCAAGGAGACGGAGCACGCGCUG